CCAGUUUUUCCUUCGGAACGAACUAGACGCUGAGAAAAUGAGCGGCCGCGGAAAAGGAGGAAAGGGACUCGGCAAAGGAGGCGCCAAGAGGCACCGUAAAGUGCUCCGUGAUAACAUCCAGGGCAUCACCAAGCCCGCCAUCCGCCGUCUGGCUCGCCGCGGCGGAGUCAAGCGGAUCUCCGGUCUGAUCUACGAGGAGACCCGCGGGGUGCUCAAGGUCUUCCUGGAGAACGUGAUCCGCGAUGCCGUCACCUACACCGAGCACGCCAAGAGGAAGACCGUCACCGCCAUGGACGUGGUGUACGCUCUGAAGAGGCAGGGCCGCACCCUGUACGGCUUCGGAGGCUAAACCCGAUCCUCUAACGACACAACAACCAAAGGCUCUUUUAAGAGCCACCCAACUACCUCAAAGAGCUCAUUCCUUAAAUCUUGAGACAUCAUACAAAAAGGAAAACUAUAUAAAUAUUACUUUUAUUGUGUAGUAAGUGUUGGUGUGGAUUCACUUGAACAAGAAGCUGAUGUGAAUAGAACAUUUCUCAACAAAGAUGUUUGAUUUUUACAUGGAAAUAAUGGUAAGCAGAAACUACAGCAAAGUGUACAUAUCUAAAUAUAAAGGAGUGAAAAUGUACAGAAGUGUAAACUUGUUGUGAUUAGGUGCUAGACAUAAACAUGCA